GUGAACUUACAUCCAGAUAGUUUACAAGGUUGCGAGAACAGAGAGGAUAGACCAAAGCCUGCACAACUUGCCCGGGAUAGACGCCUCGAAUCCACCACUGGAAAAUACAAGAGGAGGGGGACGAGUAAUGUCACUAAUGUGAAAAAUGUCCCUUUGCAAGAUCGUAUUAAUCAGUUCCCUGAUCAGCACCUGAGUGUCAGAGGCACAACGAUCUUUUGCAAUGCCUGCAGAGAAAUGGUAUCAUCCAAAAAGAGCAUUUUAGCAUCACAUUGUAGUUCAAGAAAACAUGCCAAAGGGAAAGAUGCGCUGAAGAGAUCAAGGUUAAGAGAACAAACGAUAGCCGAGGCACUCAGCAGAGAGAAGACUCGUAAAGACAACACGCUGCCGUUGGCUGAGCAAGCAUACCGACAGGAAGUAGUGGAGGAAUUUUUGAAAGCAGGGAUUCCAAUCGGGAAGGUAGACAGGCUACGUCCUUUGCUAGAGAAAAAUGGGUAUCGCCUCACUCAUAGUGCGCAUCUCGGACAGUAUGUUUCUCUUAUUUUCAAGCAAGAAAUUGAGAGAAUAAAGAAGGAACUGUCUUUGCCAGGAGAAGAUAUGACAAGGGACGUUUCAGUAAUAUUUGACGGGAGCACCAGGCAAGGUGAGGCUAUUGCGAUAAUCCUUCACUUUAUUAAUGAUGAGUGGAUGAUAACACAGUGUCUUAUAAGAAUUGACAUUUGCUCAAAGUCGGUGAAUUCAGAAGAACUAGCAAGAGUUCUCAACGAAGCCCUUUGCGUUGAAUUUGGGAUCAAGGCGAACUCUUUGCUUGCAGCGAUGAGGGAUGGAGCAAGUGUCAAUCAAGCAGCAUUGGAUCGGAUAGCAUUCAUCUUCCCAAAGAUGUUGAACAUUGUCUGCUUUUCCCACACGCUCGAUAAUGUUGGCAAACAUCUGGAAAUUCCUACUCUUUUGGAGUUUGGAAACCUGUGGGUACGCUUAUUCAGUUACAGCCAUAAAGCAAAGUUGGCAUGGCAGGAUCUAACCGAUCGAAAGCCGAAAUCGUAUAGCGAAACACGCUGGUGGUCAAAAUGGGAAGUUUACAGGCAGCUACUGGAGCAGUUUGGAGACGUUGCUGGAUUCCUGAAUGAUGCGGAAGUAGAGAACAUUGCUCCAAAGAUUGUGGCACAGCUUCGAGCUAUACUCUCAGAUCCUCAGCGCCUUGUCGAUCUUAAGCUCGAGUUGGCUGUGACCAUUGAUGUAGGAGCGCAUUUUGUCAAAGCUACAUACUACUUGGAAGGUGACGGGCCCCUUGUGUUUUCAUGCUACGAGAAGUUAAAGGCUGUCGCCGAGGCAUGCCAAGCUCCGCACUUUCCUAAUGUACGCGCAGUUGCUGCCGCAAUUGCCAACGAAGAUGCUACUCAGAGAGCCGCGGAUCUAGAACGGAAGGCAAAAGCUUGUGUACAGCCGGCUAUACUUUGGUUCUUGCAGAAGUUUAACGUGAAGCUCUAUGACACCGUCAUGGCCUUCAAAGCUGCAAGAAUCAUGUGUCCAGUUGCCGUUCAAUGGAUGAGGCCUACGCCCGCCACAGUAGAAGCCCUAAGGAUUUUCCCUUUCCUCGACAAUGAUGCAACUAUCAAUGGCCUAAUUAGAGAGCUUCCACAGUACGUCGCUGCUGCUCAGGAUGUGGUCAUUGAACAAGAGGAAAAGAAGGUGGAGUGGUGGCAGGCCCACGCAGACCGUCUCCCAAAUUGGUCCAACCAUCGUCUGCUGCCGCAGAGAGAGUAUUCAGCAUCCUGGCAGCUUCAUUCAAUGAUCAACAAGAUCGUGCACUUGCAGAUUACUUGCAAGCAAGUGUGA